AUGCCUCCCCCUUCUCAAAUCGCAAUCGCGACCAGCUCUGUCACGCGCCUCGUCAAAGAAGAGGUGUCGUACCACAAGGAGCUCGCCAGCCAGGAGGCUCGUCUGGAGAAGCUGCUGAAGAGCGAGGGCGACGAGGAUGGGAAUAGGGAGUUUCUGGUUAAGCAAGAGAAAACCGCAAUAGAAGAGACGCGGGCUGUCUUCCCACCGCUCCGUCAACGCAUUACGGACGCGGUGCAUAAGCUUGAGGACCAACUUGAGGCGGGGACUGCGAGUGAGGCAGAGACGGAGAAGGCGAAAACUGCGAUAGAGAGUGCGAAGGAGGCCGAUAAAUGA